UUGAAGGCCAGGGCCGACGGGCCGUCUGAGAUUCUUGGACUCCGCAAAGCUUGCGGCCGACGUUGGCCUGUCCCCUCCGAUUUGUGGUCUCCUCCGCUGAUUGUGGCUGCAGUUGGCGAGAGCUUCAGCUGCAAGUCGAUCGAGAGAGAGAGAGAGGGGGCGAGAAGGCGACGGGUCGGGGCGGUCGUGGUUGUGGCAAUGGCAACCUUAGCCUCCUUCCUCUCCUCUUCCCCCUCCCUUCCUCGCCUUCACCAUCCCCACCGCCACCCCUGUCCCCAUCGCCACGGCGUUGACUCUCUCUCCUUCGCCGAUCCCCCCGUUCGCAUCUCCAUGAUCCCUAGGAAGGGCCGGGCCUUGAUAGCCGCCUCUUCGUCGGCGGGUGGCUCCUCAAUAGAUGACCUCGGCCCCGGGGAUGAUUGUCGGUCCGUCAAUUCGCCUCAGAAAUCGGUUCUCUCAACUCUGAUACAAGAGAUAGAACCACUAGAUGUGAGCCUUAUUCAGAAAGACGUGGCCCCAACUACUAUUGAUGCGAUGAAGAGGACUAUCUCAGGAAUGUUGGGCUUGCUUCCAUCGAAUCAGUUUCAAGUAUAUAUUGAAGCUUUGUGGGAACCACUCUCAAAGUUGUUGGUCUCUUCAAUGAUGACAGGUUAUACACUGCGAAAUGCAGAAUAUAGGCUUUGCCUUGAAAGGAAUCGUGAUACGCAUGAACAGAGCUUUGAAAAUCGGACUGAAGACCGCUCGCAAAGUGGCUUGCCAGAAAUUUUACUAGACAGUGCUAGAAAAAUCAACUUUUCUGGAAAGACUGCAGUAUCACCCAAAUAUGAAAAAGUUAGAGAAGAGACAGUUGAGGAUAUUAAACGUCUAGGCAAACUUUCUCGUGAAGCUCAGGAAUAUAUUGUCCAUUUACAAUCUCGUUUAUCAUCUGCCAAAAAGGAACUACAUGAAGUCAAGAGGAAAAGUGCUGCUCUCCAAAUGCAACAGUUCGUCGGGGAGGAAAAAAAUGAGUUGCUGGACUACUUGAGAUCGCUAGAACCCGAAAAGGUGGCUGAGCUAUCAGAACCUUCCAUGCCUGAAUUGAGGGAAACAAUCCAUUCAGUUGUUCAUGGUCUUCUUGCGACUUUGUCUCCUAGAAUGCACUCUAAGGGUCCUCCUUUAUCGGAGUGCUCAUCAAAUCAAGAAAUAUGUUCUGGCGAUGAUGAUCACCCUGAACUUGUUGAGAAUGUGUCACUCCAGUUCCAGCCAAUCGUCUCAUUAACUAGGGACUAUCUAGCACGGCUCCUCUUCUGGUGCAUGUUGUUAGGGCACCAUCUGAGAGGCCUUGAAUAUAGGUUGGAGCUUGCAGAGCUUCUAUCUCUGACAGUUGACGCUGAAAACGACACUUCUGGCAGUGGACAAGUUUCUUGAAGAGUCAGAAGUGCCUCGUCAUUGUUCCCUCAACCUGUACAUUAAUGCAGGAUAGAAUCACGAGGGAAAUCGAUUUAUAUCAAUGAGACGCAGUGGCCGUUCGCCUUUCCUUUCCUAUGAUCGAGACAGGCUAUAUCUCGACAUUUGCAAAUUGUCAUAGCACCAUAGAAUGAAUAGAUUCUCCUCCUGUAAGUAGAUAUGUUUAUGUCAUUGUCAAUAAUAAGUUUUCCCAAUCUCUUCAUGAAAA